GGGUUCCAUAGAACACCCAGAUAGAAUGAUUUGAAUACAAAGGAUUGGAUAGGAUGGAGAGAGACAGAUGUGCACGAUCUGAGGAAGUGCGAUGAUUCAUGCUCCUCUCCCCGGGGCUCAUCUGAAAACGUAGUAGGUGCAGAGGGCCAGCCUGGCCAGUUCGUAGGCUGCAACGUGGCAAAGCGAAUGUCCUCUCAGAACAUUGAAGAGGAUCAGCGCCAGAAGCGGCAUGAACCAGAGCAACAACCUAUGCAGCUAAUCAACUCAGCAUCGCUACAGAAGAUCGACAUACUGUCUCCUUCAACUGGUGGGGUGGCAUUUUUCACGGAAUUCCCGUCAUCUGUGCCCGAUGUGAGCCGCCAUAUGCCCUCUGCUCUUCAGCAGUGCGAGUACCCACCACCGCUUCAACAGCAGCAAACGGUGCCUGUUUGCAGUAAAAUUAACGACCCAGUCCAAAUCCCAAGCGAGCAUGCACAGCUUCAGGCAGUGGUUGCUGAUAUUUCUGGCCUCCGUACCUGCAGCUUGAAUCCUGUGUCCAGCCCGCUUGUUGGCCAAUCGGUGAACUGCAGAAGCAAUUCUGUUUUCAGAGACCUGAGCCAUGCAUCAAUGCAGAGCAGCUUUACUGUUGAAACCAUGGUUGCCGAUACACUGCCACCUAAAGAACCUAUCCCCGGUGCUGCGAACGGCAGGAAAGAGGGUUCCGCUGGCAAAAGAGCACCCGAUGACUUGCGGGGCUCACGCAUAUGUCUAUCUUCCACGCCCAAGGAUGAGACGAUGCUCAAGGAUGGAGGAGUUAUAGCCACCCUCAAGUCCUCGCCUCUGCCGCUCGCUCCGUGUCUUCCUAUCAACGCCCCAAAGUUCAGCCGUGAAAUGAUGGACUAUGGCUGCGACAAAGGUGCUGGAACAACUGCCUUGGGGAUGCUAGAAGUGGGUCCAAGGAGUCUAGAAGAGCAUACGGUUGGAGAGAUCGAGCAGAAGCAUCUUCCAGCGAGAGGUCUGAACUUGCAGCAGAGUGAGAGUCAGUUCCUGCCAGUGGAGCACCAGCCUGCCAGGGUUUCACAGGGUGAUGAAGAUUAUCUUGUGCCGGACAUGAAGCAGCGAUCGUCUAUACCUUCUCGCUCCGAAAGCUGCACUAGGAGUAGUAAUUCGCAGGGGAUGUCCUUGGGCGACUUGGAAGAAGUGAUUGGAAGGCACUUGCGGGUGGGAUCAAGAGAUGGUGAUUCGAGUAAGACGGCAACUGGGAGCUUGAUAAGACUUGUGGCUGCGGCGAGUAUGGACACGGAUGAUCGCAGUGAUAGUCGGCGGCAGCAACAGCCGCUGUGUCAGGAGCUGCUCCUAGAGAGCAGGGAUACCCUGGAGUUGGCAUGGCCGACAAAGUCGCUGGACGUACCUGAAUCAGCAAAGCAGGAUGGGGGCAACCAUUUACAUCCUGGCAGGAGAGAGUUGCACUCCCAAUCACAUGCACUUGAUUCAUCUACAGGGAGCAAACAAUGUGCACCGUCACUCCGGACACAGGAACAGGUAUUGUUUCCUGUCGAUGAGUCUCAACAACAGCCACUACGAUGCCAUUCAGCAGAGGCAAUAUUUGCUAGAAAGAAGCAGAGUUCCUCUCCCUGUCAUCAGGCCUUCCUUUCUGGGCAUUUGCCUUUCUACCCCUCACAGCAGGUGUUCUUCUCACCACCUUGGCAUCAGGUGGAAGCUGGCCAAAUGCCUGUUCCCCGAGAAGGAAUGAUCGCCUUGAGCCAGCAUGCACCGGUGACUAGCUUAUUGCUGUCGGAGAGUCGUCACCAGCAAAGCGAGAGGAACUUAGUUAUCCGUGAGAGCCACAACUCAAUGCAAACCUUGCAAAGCGAGCGACAUCUCACAUCCAAUCAGCAGCAGUUUUUGUCGUUUGAUCGUUCGACAAUACCCCGGCAUUUGGAUCUGGUUUCCCAGCUGUCUCAGAACAAUGUUGCGUUGCCAAAUGACCAAACUCAGCAAACAACUCUUGCAGUUCCAAGAGUCCCUCUUGGGCCUCUUCCUGUUAUGGAUCAGCCGAUCCCAACCCAUGACCAGCAACUGCUGAUGGCUGACGGCCAGCUUUCGUCACGGGAUGUGGAUAUUCCGAUACCAUUUGAACCACCCCCCUUCCUGGGCACAGGUCAGCAAUUCUCUGCACUGCACCAGGAAGUGGGAACAAGUCCAGAUGAGCACAUCUUGAUUCCUGGUCUACAACUGUCGGUAGCCAGUUCGCAGGCAGCUUUUCAAGUGGCGCAGUUAUUGGCCUCGUCCCAGAAUGCUGCGAUGCUAGGGUUCACGAUUUCUGGACUGUCAGAUCAUCCCCCCGCAUCGUCUUUCAGCGAGGUUGGUAUUGGUCCUUCCCAGCACCUGAGGGUGCCAACUCAGCAGCAUGUUUCACUUCAGAAAGAGGAAGCCAAAGUCGAGGGUACCAAAUCGUUGGCCGCUCCCUCUGGUCGGUCGCAGCACUCGGAGAACUCACAGCCUUUUGACCGGGAGUCAAGAUUUGGCAGCUGUAUGGCUGUCCAUCCAUCAGCAGCUUUGGCCAGUUCGCGGACUCAUGGGGGCGACUCCAUCGCUGGUGCACCAGGCCUCCCUGUUCCUAUAGGAGACUCGUUCACGUCAUCCAUCUUGACUUCGCAUACGCCAAGGUGGGGUGCGGCUACAAUCUUGAGCAGGUCAGUGUCUGAGCACGACGCUGUUCAUCAAGGAGCUCAAAUGUCAGAGUACUUGUUUGCUGUGUCCCAAUCUGGGAAAAUGGCUCCGUCAGAUUGGACCUCGCCUCCUUUAAUGAGUCGGCCAACCUGGGGUUUAACUGGUAUCCCAGAUAGGACGGCGAUUGAGCUCGAAACUCCAGCAUCGACGUACUCGUCUCGUCAACGGUCUUCACCAUCUGGCCCAACAGAGUGGAGGUUAGCAACGGAAUCAAAUAGUGUGCCAGCUCAGUUUGAAGCAGCCCACAGCGGUGCGAUAUCAUCAUCAAGCGUGUCGGAGAACUCGUCCCCUAAUAGGUGGACAGAUGCCGGGGCGUCUCGGAGCAACACUUCUUUGGAGGCACCAAUGUCAUUCCGUCAGAGAGAUGGUGGGGAGGAAGGGAGGAAGGGAGACAAGGAGAAAUGUGGGGAUGACGCAGGAGGGAAAGGAGGAGGAGGAGGAGAGGGAUGGCAAGAGAAGAAGACUGAAGAAUUGAGGACGGACGGACUCAGACUGAGAACUCUACGAUGCUAUAGCCCUCUGCGCUUCAAAUACUCACUUCAGACAAUGUUGAUGACAGUGGUGAUGAUGAUGCUGAUGAUGCUCAUGGUGCUCAUGGUGCUCAUGGUGCUCAUGGUGCUCAUGGUGCUCAUGGUGCUCAUGAUGCUCAUGAGUCAUGAUGCUGAUGAUGCUCAUGAUGAUCUCAUAAGGCUAUCGCCAUUUGUGAAGCAGUCGAUGAAAUGUGCCAUUGACGACUACUCCAACACCAAGCUAAUCCCUCCCCCCACUCCACGAGGCACCACCCCACUCUAAACUCUUAGUAGACACCAGUCGUGACCUAUGAGUGUUGGUGGAGAAGCCUGCUUUGAGGAUAGAGAAAACGUCCCGCAGCCUCAUUCCUCCCCUUCCUAAGCUGUGUUAGACCGCAACACAAGCUGGUUGGCAUAGAACCGAAGAAGUCACUGGCGAAGAAGGAACACAACGUUGCACUUCCCGUCCUUGCUCUUGAUUGCCCGCCUCGCUCGCCUGCCGCACUCACCAUCAGCGCUCACGCCAGCAGAGCCGCG